UUGCAUACAAAGUCGUAGCCGCAAACAAUCUCAACAACUGCAAUAUUAUCUGGGAACAACUAGAGCAGCACCGGAUGAAGAGACUGGACUUGUCUCCGCGAAUAUGAGACACAGCCUCCACCAUGCCAAUAUGUAUCGAAUGCUGCUGCCCCGUCUCACAUCUCUACACCUCCUACAGCAAGGCCGAUGACCGCUCACUUGGCAAAGGCGUGCGAUUGACCCAAUGCCCGCGCUGCAAACGGUUUGCAGACAAGUAUGUCGAGCACGAUUUUGUAGUGCUCUUCAUUGAUCUGGUCUUGAUAAAACCUCAGGUGUAUCGCCAUCUGCUCUUCAACCGCCUAGGGAGAUCCGACAACAAGUUCGAUCGCUCUAUUAUACGCCUAGGAACGUUAAUAUUGCUCUUUGAUGUCUAUCUAUCCUGGGCACGAGUCGAGAAGUCCGACGCCCUCUCCGCAUCUCCCCUCUCCACAGCUCCCAUCAUCGUCCAGUAUAUAUUCUUCCUUACGCUGAACACCCUCGCAACGAUUGCGCAUCAUGUUACUGUUCGUCUCCUUGCUUCGUUUCUCGUCCCACGUCCACAGCCCAUCACCACUACCCUCAAUGACGCCAAUAAUGGGGAUGUAAUUCCACCCAGUCCUUCUGUUACCUCUGCGCCUUCGCAAUCUCAACCUCAGAACCAAGUACCCACUGCCAACGCGGCAUCUAAUAAUGGAGCUGUUCCUCCCCCUCCAUCCUCCAAUCAACCUAAUCAUAACUCCACAAAUAACCUCCCUACUCCACCACCUCCCAUCCGCCGAAUGUCUGCAUCACCUCUCCAGAUCGAUCCCAUGCCACCUCCUUGCCCCGCUAGUCCAAAUUCCAUAAGCACUGCGCUUCUCGUCAGCAGCUGUACAAAGCUUUUCCCAAUCCUGCUCGUGAUCUGGAGCCCGGAAACACAUGACGCCAACGGUAACGUUGCCAGUACCACACCAGCUUCCGCGUUGGGCACAGCGACAAGAAUGCUAGCGAACUUAUUGGCAUCCACAGUCACGAAGUACAUCUCACCUUCCUCAUCCUCUAUAUCUACUGUACCGCAACAGCAGCAGCAGCUCCAACUCACAUCCUCGCCCUCUCCCUCAUCAAUAUCAGCGCCUACAUCUACGUCAUCAUCCCUCUCCACUUCUAUCCUCGACCCGCUCCUCUCGCUCGUUCUGUCUAUAACAAACACCCACCUCGUCCUAUUGAAUAAUACCGAGGCACUUUUCAUACUGCUUGAUUGCGGAUAUAUACGGGCAGCUAUCCUAGCGCUUAGUGGUCAGUUAGCGAGAUGGCUUGUUGAAAAGACGCUGUUGGGAGCUGUGGGGUUGUGAUUGACAUGCACACUGAAAACAAGGGAAGGGAACGGAGGUUAACCUGACUAUAUAUUUACGGUCGAAUUAAUUUUAAUAUAUGUAUUUACCGGGUGGUUGGUUAUAUGUAUAGUUGGGAUUAGCACUGGGAGUUUAGGAUUUGGCUUUUUUCUCUGUUUGUUAUCCGUCUUUGAUGGACAACUAUCUUUUCGCUACUAUUUACUUCUGUAGUUACCUACUCUUCUUAGCGAAUGCAUCCAGGCCUCGUCUUUAGGCAAAUACUUAAUGUUUGCAUUAUUUCAAACGAUAAACACGGUUUAUCUUUAGCAUUCCGAUCCUCUGAUACGAAAUUAAUCAUUCGUCUCGGGCAUGCAGUAAUAUACAAUGCACGCCAAUAACCAAACAAUGAAAAGGGCCUCGGAUAACCAGCCGGAAAAAUAAAAUAAAAAUAAAGCUAAGGAAUAGAUUCACAUAGUAAAAACCCAGCGAAUCUCGACAGCAAAAAGGUAUAAAAUAAUCAACAAGGAAUCCACAGUCACUACAAUCUGCAUUCUUUUCCCUCCCUCCCUCAGUGCGGUAUCCUAUCAGGCCGCAUGUCACUUCUCUUCGGCGCGAUUAAUGGAUGUAAUUGUGCGAGGAACGUUAUUGCUAUAUGCAAGAGGCAUAGUUAGAUUGUCUGUUUCCAUUACAAAUCGGACGAAUGGCGAGUAUAGCUUUUAACAGUAAGAAUUUGAUGGAUGGAUGAUGUAUUUACGUACCCCACAUUAGAUAGCAGGCUGUAAAUGCGAGUAUUAACGAGCUGCGCCAUACCCUGUGAUAAAUGUUAGUGGUUUUUCUUUACUGAUAAGAAUGCUUGUCUGAUAUGGUGCUGAA